ACCACAACCACAACCAGCGCCGCCGGUCUCUCCUCCUCCUCUCAUGAUUAUAAUAAUUAUAAGCAUAAUUAUCCCGGGGGGACAACAACAAACGACUCAGACUCAGACUCAGACUCGGACUCAGACUCGGACUGGGACUCGGACUCGGACUACAGCACCACCGUCAUCGUCGGCACCGGCAUCAACGUGUGCAUGCGUGAGCCGUGCGCGGCCGACACCUUCCCGGCCCAGCUCCGGGCCGGCAAGAUCGACGCCUUCGGCGUGUGGGAGACGUCCGGGGAGCUGGGCAUCCGCGCGCUCGGCGGGCCGGACAAGGCCGCCGUCUUCAAGAACGCGUCCGUCUACAGGGAGGUCUACAGCCUGUACUCGACCGAGGAGAAGCUGCGGGAUGCUGCGACGCGGCAGAGGAUUGUGCGGUUCGUGCGCGCUCUGCACAAGACGUACGAUCUCUUCCGGAAUGCUAGUACUAGUAGUAGUCCCGAUGUGUACACGACGGUUGCGCGGACGGUUGGCGUGGAUGUGCCCGUGCUGAAGAGCGUGUGGGCGGAUCACGUCUGGGGGCCGGGGCGGCUGGACGGGGGCUUGCUUGAUUAUCUGGAGCGGGAAGAUCAGUACCUCGCUAGGGUGGACAGGCGUCAGCCGUUCUCGAGGGCGGAGUUGGAGAGGUUUGUUGAUACGAGUGUGUACCAGGAGGCUAUGCAGGGUUAGCCGGACGUGUUAACCAUCUGUGCAAUGUUCGUAGUGGUGUGUUUAUAUAGCUAUGCCAGUUGCAGUGUUCAACCCCGAG